AUGAAUUCGACAUUCGACCCGAGGAACCAGUCCUUCUUCAUCGCCGCGCCCGAUGGAGCCGCCACCAUCGAGAUUUCCAUGGCCACCAUCGAGGCCCAGCGAGUGCGGCUGGCCAACAUCUCCAUCAACUACGGAGUGCAGCUGGGGCUCUGCAUCCUGACCCUGAUCGUCGCACUUCUCCUUCUGCCCUCGUACAAGCUGAAGAAGGCAAUCAACAUGGUGCAGGUUUCCGCGCUCGUCGCCGCCGUCGUACGGCUUGUGCUCCUGGUUCUCUACUUCCCCGGACCGCUGACUGGCUACUACGUUGCCUGGACCCAGGAUGCCAGCGUUCUCAAGAGCUCCGACUACUACACGAACACGACAUCGAAUGCCUUCAGCGUGGCCCAAUUUGCCUUGAUCGAGGUGGCCCUGAUCCUGCAGAGCUGGACCUUGAUUCGCACCUGGCCCCAGCUGUGGCAGCUUCCUACCCUAUUAUUGUCCAUCACCUUGGCGGCCGCGACCGUCGUAGUCAAGUCGAUCUGGAUCGUCCAUCAUUCGAAAGCCGUGGUGGGCCACCUCCUCCCCGUGCCUCUUGACUCCGUCGGCGAGGCGAGUGUCAUCCUCGGCGCGGUAUCAAUCUUCUACUUCUGCGGCAUAUUCUUCGCCCAUCUCUCCCUUCACCUGGUUCUUACCAGAAGUGUGUUGCAGAGGCCUGUGAAGGGGCUGACCUCCCUAGAGAUACUGGCCAUCGGCAACGGCGUACUCAUGCUCGCCCCAAGCCUCUUUGCCGGUCUCGACAUUGCAGCAGGCCCUGGAAACACGAAAGUACUUCCGUUCGACGCUGGGUCCUGGGUGCAGACCCUGGUGGUGUCGGGGCUGCCACUGAUCGGCCUCGUAGCAUUCUAUCGCGGCUCCGACUCCCAACUUCACAGCCGCCACGUGUCUCUCUUCGCCCGUGGUGUGUUCCGCGAUUCAAAAGCUGAGGAUACUACCUUGGCUGAUAUCAGCAAUCCAGCAGCAAGUUUCGUCUUCCGGACGGAGGCUGGAACGGACUUGGAACAAGGGAUCCAGGUGCGCAAAGACCACCAAUUAACGGCGGAACCGGGCGGCCGAGCAUGA